UUAACAGAGCCCUCUAAAAAUUUCUCUGGCUCUCUCUCCUUCUCCCCUUUUCUUUCGUUAACAAAGCUCUCCGAAUUUUUCUCUGCCUCUCUCUCUCGCUCAUCCAAAAAACCUGAAUCUUGGAUCAUUCUCCUCUAAUUUCGAAUCGAAGUGAUUGUUCGGAGGUUUUGUUUACCGCUCUUUUCUAUUCGGUGUCGUGGUUUUUGCCUGUUUCCAUGGCGAUCAAAGAGGAGACGGAGAGCUGCGGCAGCAGACCCGUCGCGUCGCCGCUGCCGAAGGAAAACCCUAGGCAGCACCGGAUGAAGCUCGAGGGGUACGGAGACGUUCUCCGUCGAAUCCAGGAAUCUAACUACGAAGAAGCCGAUCAUCCUGACUUCGAGGAUCAACUUUGGCUUCAUUUCAAUCGCCUUCCUGCUCGAUAUGCUCUGGAUGUUAAUGUUGAGAGGGCAGAAGAUGUCCUCACACAUCAGAGGUUGCUGAAAUUGGCAGAAGAUCCUGCAAAUAGGCCCGUGUUCGAAGUUCAUUGUGUCCAGGUUGUUCCCACAUUAAAUGGGAAUAUUGGCGACUCUGACCCUUCUGACCCUGCGGUGAAGGAAGAUGCACAAAGCUCGUACAAUUCGAGUAGACCAGGCGUUCACCCACCACCUACCUUUGGUUCCCCAAAUUUCGAGGUGAUUACACAAGGCAAUGGAAAUCAUGUUGAAGACGUAGAUAGUGCUGUGAAUUCAACAUCGCAGAAUUCUCGACAUAUGCACGAGAUCACCUUUUCAACUGUUGACAAACCGAAACUCCUAAGCCAGUUAACUUUGUUGCUUGGUGAAAUUGGCCUGAAUAUUCAAGAGGCUCAUGCUUUUUCCACUGUCGACGGUUUCUCUCUGGAUGUCUUUGUUGUUGAUGGUUGGGCACACGAGGAAACAGAUGGUCUAAAAGAUGCAUUGAGGAGGGAGACACUGAAGCUCAAGGAUCAAUCUUUUCAAAAACAGAAAUCAACUACUUUCUUUGAGCAUGGAAGAUCAAGCAAUGAUUGUUUACCUGCCUGCGUUGAAAUACCUACCGAUGGAACUGAUGACUGGGAAAUUGAUAUGAGGCAACUCAAAAUUGAAAGCAAAGUGGCAUCUGGGUCAUUUGGGGAUCUGUACAGAGGUACCUAUUGCAGUCAGGAAGUCGCUAUCAAAGUCUUCAAGCCUGAGCGUGUAAAUGCAGAAAUGCUGAGAGAGUUUUCUCAGGAAGUAUAUAUAAUGAGGAAAAUCCGGCAUAAAAAUGUUGUUCAAUUUAUUGGUGCUUGCACACGAUCUCCAAACCUCUGCAUUGUGACUGAGUUCAUGGCUCAGGGAAGUAUAUAUGAUUUUCUACACAAACAGAAAGGCGUUUUUAAGCUUCAAACUUUGCUCAAGGUGGCCCUUGAUGUGUCAAAAGGAAUGAACUAUCUGCAUCAGAACAAUAUUAUUCAUAGGGACCUUAAGACUGCCAAUCUUCUGAUGGAUGAGCAUGGAGUUGUCAAGGUUGCUGAUUUUGGGGUUGCCAGAGUGCAGACUCAGUCAGGGGUCAUGACGGCUGAAACAGGGACAUACAGAUGGAUGGCUCCAGAGGUCAUUGAGCACAGACCUUACGAUCACAGGGCAGAUGUCUUCAGCUUUGCGAUAGUGCUGUGGGAACUUCUUACAGGGGAACUCCCUUAUUCUUACUUGACUCCACUACAAGCAGCUGUUGGCGUUGUCCAGAAAGGACUGAGACCCGAAAUUCCGAAGCACACCCACCCAAAACUGGCUGAACUUCUUGAGAAAUGCUGGCAGCAAGACGCAGCUCAAAGACCCAAAUUCUCAGAAAUCAUAGAAAUUCUUCAACAGAUAACCUGCAAGGUUGGAGAUGAGGGUCGUCGCAAGGAUAAACAUGGAGGAAUCUUUUCAGCUCUGAGAAAGGGUCAUCACUGACAUUUGGAUGCGCUGAAACUCGUGUUCUGAUCGGUUUGUCGCUUUACAUUUUGCGUUGUACAGUUUUUUGUUUUUCAUGACUAGUUGGAGGAACCCCGUUUCAACUGUAGAUCAUUCUCCUUUUAGUCUCUUUCGAUGUCGUUCUUUAUAGCAACACACACUUAUAAUAAAUUAGUUGCCUCAGGCGAAGAAUAUUUGCAGAGACUUGCAUAUUCA